UAGAGGCUGCAGGUCCUGGGGUCAAGCUGGAGAGGUCUGAAGGAGAGGAGGACCCACGGCACAGCAGAGACAUCCAGUCUGUAACUACAGGGGGAGCUCCUGCCGCUCCAGAGGAUCCCACCGCCUCACCAGCACAGCCCAGGACCAGACGCAGCAUCACGGAGGUCAGUGGAACGCUGAACGCCGUCCUCAAGUCAGAGACAGUCACAGAGACUUUAACUGUAACACAAAGGCUUUUACCCACAGGAUCUGACCACAGAUCAGACCCAGAYAGACUGGAGCCACUGGGCUGUCCUUCUGCUCUCGGCUCAGAGUAUUUACUUUAUGGUAACCUAAGCCCGAGGACGGUUCAAUCCCAUCGGGACUCAGGUGACGCGUUAGAGACCGGCAAUGAUCCGUCUUGUUCUUACACUAAAGAGAUGGACCGUAGCAACAUGCCCUUGGGUUUAGAGACACAGACUGAUCUGUCUKGAGYGGACUGGAACCAGUACAGUAGUAGUGUAUACUCUGAAGGGUGCCWAGAUAAGAAAGGAGAGGGUCUGGUUGUAGAGGAAGUGACUGUGAAAGUGGAGGGCGACGUUUCUCCCACAUGGAAUGCAGAUAGUCACCUAGGAGAUGGAAUCUCACAGGGAAGAGAUUUCUUAGAUUACAGUGAAAGCUUAGAAACAAAUACAAAUGUUGCUACCCACUCAUUUACAUUUUUACAUUUAAGUCAUUUAGCAGACCACUCCCCUUUACACGCGCUCAGGCAUCACGACCCAGUGUCCACGUCGAUGGGGCCUUCAGAUUCACACGGCCACGUCUUUUUCGAUCAGGUGUUGAACUCAAACAACAGGGCUAGAGCCCAGGCUCAGGGAGGGGGAGCCACAUCAGGAUAUAGUAAAGAGAAACGGUUCCUCUGCAUGUUCUGUAACAAAGGCUUCAGUUGCUCCCAGAAGGUGGAGAGGCACCAGAGGGUCCACACAGGGGAGAAACCAUUCAGCUGUACCCAGUGUGACAUGCGCUUCGCCCAGGCUGGCCACCUGAAGAGGCACCAGAGGGUCCACACAGGGGAGAAACCCUACAGCUGUACCCAGUGUCACAUGCGCUUCGCCCAGGCUGGUGACCUGAAGAGGCACCAGAGGGUCCACACAGGGGAGAAACCCUAUAGCUGCCCCCAGUGUGAGAAGAGGUUCUCAGAGAGGAGCUACCUCAGGAUCCAUCAGAGGAUGCACACGGGGGAGAAACCGUUUGGCUGCCACCUGUGUGAGAAGAAGUUCUCCCACCAGCACCACCUGAAGAGGCACCAGAGGGUCCACACAGGGGAGAAACCCUACAGCUGCCCCCAGUGUGAGAAGAGGUUCUCCCACCAGCACCAUCUGAAGACGCACCUGAAGGUCCACACGGGAGAGAGGCCAUUCACCUGUACGCACUGCGGGAAGAGGUUCUCAGAGAGGAGCUACCUCAGGAUACACCAGCAGAAAAUGCACAUGGCCKAUGUAUAGUAACAUGUUAUGUAGUACUAGCUAGUUUGUUUGUAGUUAAUUCUGCUGGUUUUGAUGUCAUAGAGAACUGGUUAUAAGGUCAACUGAGGAAAGAAUGAGUUGAUGAGGCAGAGUAAAUGAUAUGGUGAUGGUUGUGUGAUGGUGUCUGUAAAAAAUGCUUACUUAUGAAGAGUGACAACCUUAACCUUGUCCUCGUUGUUGAUAAUAAAGAAAUUAUAUGCCUUAAUUCAUGUUUACUCUUGACAUGUAUAAUUGGUGUGCA